AAUAAAUGGGAUAAGAAAUCGCGUGAUUUGAUAAAUAAACGAUGACUCGAGGCGAGGCGAGUUAAGAGAGGCUCGUAAGAGAAAUAGACGAGUCGUUCCCAAUUUCGUUCGGGAGAAUGGAGGUGUUUCCCGUAGCGGAAAUAAGGAUUAACAUUAUUAUCUCCUCUGUAUAACACGCGAAUACAUUUCGAUCGACUCAACUGUAGUAGAGAAUAGUAAUCAAGAAAUUGUUCACUCUUGUAAUAUCCCGAAUAUAGCUUCGUGUAACGAACCAAAUAUAUAUUAUUAUUCGCUUAAAACGAAUAAUUGUUCGAGCGCGAUAAAGUAGACGAUUGAUAUAGAAUAUCUUCCUUCUCUACCUAUUCACUUCACCUACGCGAUUCGUACUCUUCCUCCCCCAAAGAAGGUUCCUUGACCCCUCCCUCCCUCCCUCUCUCUCCCUCCCUCUCCCUCGUUGGACUUUCCUCGAGAGCGGUGGAGAGGAGACGAAAAUCGGGUGACCGAGAUCGGGAGGAAGCGAGGAGGAGGCGUUUGGGUGUGCAGCUAGGUCGGGUUGAUAUCGACCCGCGGCGGGUUAGAGGGAGAGCUGUCGCAAGGGGUGGUUGGGCGGCUCGCAUGGCGCAAGCCUGGAACGGGCGCGAGGAGGUGGCGGACGGCGCGGUGGAGGCGGCCGGAGGAGCGGAGACGGAUGGAGAGUGUGGAGAGAAGGAAGAGCGCCGCCAGUAGUAACCCGGCCAGUACCCCGCGCGCGGGUGCAGCUGCAUCUGCGUCCUCCGUGUGUGUGAGAGUGCGUGAGAGUGUAAAACCCGACCCGAGGCUGCGUGUGUGCUCUCCCGCUCGCGAGAAACGAAACGCCACGGGGGGUGGACGGGGCCAAAUAAUAACAACCGCACACGACCAGCAACCCGCUCGUCCCAUCAUAAUAAACCCUUUGCCACCCGCACACCACAAACACACACACACAUAUAUAUAUAUAUAUAUACACAAACGAGGCGCGUACGAGAUCCUUCGCCGAGGAGGGGUUGGGCUCCUCUCUUGCCUCCUCCCCCGCGCAACCCCCGAGCGAGGCAACCACGGAUGUGGUUCGACCAUGUUCCUUCGACGCGUCGAGUAAUCAACCGAGUGAAUUCCGCUCGUGCAACGCGCUCCUCGACCGAAGAAGAUAUGUGAAGAUAUCGGUGAGAUUGAGAGAGAGAGAGAGAGAGAGAGAGAGAGAGAGAGAGAGAGAGAGAGAGAGAGAGGGAGAGGGAGAGGGAGAGGCGGCGCCAUGUUACGGAGACAAGAGACCUCGAACGAGGAUUCGUACCUGAGCGCGGGCAGGCCGUCGAACCUGCUGCGGACGAGCUUCAGCAGCGCGAAGCUAGAGACGCUGUACCGCGCCUCCUCCCUUCAGCAGAGACGGGGCGGGCUCGAGUACUUCCUCGUCUCGGCUUUCCUGUUCGGCGCCAACACGUUGUUCACGCCUGGCCAGGAGUUGCCGGCCCGGGGCCUCACCGCCGUCUUCCUGGGCCUGAACCUCGGCUUCCUCGCCUGGGCGAAGCACAAUCCAAGGGCUAAGGACGCGCUCUGGUCGCUGGUGCCUCACAUGGUCUGGCAGCUGUCCACCGCACACCUACUCGCUCAGCUGUUCCUCAAGUCGACCGAGGUCACGCCUAGGGACGGGCUGGGCUGGCUGUUGCUCAUGCUCUACCUUCUGUUCGCCACGCUGCCCCUCAGGCUCUCCAUCUGCGUCCUCCUCGCGUGCAGCACAGCAACGGUAUACGUGAUGUCCGUGGUGGGGCUGUCGAAAGCGCCUGCACAGAUACCCGUCGACGUUUUGGUGUUGACGGUGACGCUGUCCGUGAGCGCCAUGAUCCUCGGUGUCUCCAGUUACUCGUUGACGGAGUUCCAACAGCGUAGAGCGUUCCUGGAAACUAGGCAGAGUUUGGAGGUGCAAUUGGUGAUCGAGGAGCAGAGCACCGAGCAGGAGAGAUUGUUGCUCAGCGUGCUCCCUGAACACGUGGCGGUUAAGAUGAGGCAGGACCUUGGCGCCUCGCUUGACACCCAGUUCAAGAAAAUUUACAUGUCCAGGCACGAGAACGUCUCGAUCCUGUACGCGGACAUAGUCGGAUUCACGGCCAUUUCCUCCACGUACAGCGCCAGCGAAUUGGUCAAGAUCCUGAACGAGUUGUUCGCACGAUUCGACCAACUCAGCGAAAGGUUCGAGCAGCUGCGAAUAAAGAUCCUGGGCGAUUGUUACUACUGCAUCAGCGGGGCUCCAAUAGAAAGGCCGGACCACGCUGUCCUCUGCGUUUACAUGGGUCUCUCGAUGGUGGAGGCCAUCAAGUACGUGCAACAAACGACCAACAGCCCCGUCGACAUGAGGGUGGGAAUACAUACGGGGGCUGUGCUGGCCGGCGUCCUUGGCCAGAGGCAAUGGCAGUUCGACGUCUACAGCAAGGACGUCGAGUUGGCCAACAAGAUGGAGAGCAGCGGAAUGGCGGGGAGGGUGCACAUCUCGAACGCGACGCUGAGCUUCCUGAACGGGGAGUUCGAGGUCGAGCCAGCUCACGGCGAGGACAGGGAAGAGGCACUCCAGAAAGCGGGGAUCGUCACUUACUUCAUAGUCCGCGCGUUGAAACCCUUCAUACCGGCUGUGACCAAGAGUCUGGCCUCGCUCACGGACGCGGAGAACAGCAGGAGGGCGAUGGAGAACUUGGGGGAUGGGAGGAACAACAAGGAGGACUCGGAGGAAUUUAGGCAGAGGCUGAGGAAGGAGCUCGACAGCAAAACUGGAGGGGUGAAUCUGAAGGGUCACGCACACUGGUUGACCCUGCGCUUCAAGGACCCGAAGGUGGAAUCGGCGUUCCACAAUGCCGAGGAAGCGUUCUCCCCCCUGUCGUUGUUAGGGGGCCCAUUGGUGAUGGUCUGUUCCGCUCCUGUUUGGAGGUUUCAACCGUGGGGGCCUUUCACGUGGGGCGGUAUCGGGGUCGUGGUGCUGUUCGCCGUCGUUUUGGCCGGUGCCACUUGUCUGGGCAGCUCCAUCAAAGCCAUGUGGCUGAGAAGAGCUCUUGCCUCGCUCAUGAUAUUCUCCCUCGCCGUUUUCCUCCUCCUCGAUAUGUUCAACUGCGUAGUGGUCGAGGAAACUAUUCCAUCGCUAAACUCCAACAACGUAACCCUGUCGGCCAAGUGCCCGUACCCUUCCUACUACUCGUACAUCGGUGUGCUGACGCUGGUGGCGACCUCGAUGCCGACCUACAUAUGCUAUCUGGGCAAAGCGUACCUGAUGUACGGGCUCGCGGGCUGCCAAUGCUUCAUGAACAUCUGGUUACUCGGCUCGAGGCUCGACUGGGAGGAUCACGCCUCCUCACCCCUCGAACCGUCCGCAGUUCCGUCGAAAUUCUGCCUAUCCGUCACCCUCCUCAUCGUCGCCACCUCUUUGGUCAUCGUCUCCAGAUACGCUGAGAAGUCGAGGAGGAUGUUGUACCUAAGGGGCAGGGAGGUGGUGGCGCAGAGGGAAAGGGCGGCCGACAUGAAACGAAGGAACGGCGCCCUCAUAUACAACAUCCUCCCGCCCCACGUGGCGGCGUAUUUCCUCUCGAGGGCGAGGCACCACGACGACCUCUACAGCCAGAGUUACGCCGAGGUGGGGGUCCUGUUCGCCAGCAUGCCCAACUUUGCCGAUUUCUACAGCGAGGAGAGCAUCAACAACCAAGGCCUCGAGUGUCUCAGAUUCCUGAACGAAGUGAUAUCCGAUUUCGACGCGAUCCUCGAUCAGAACAAGUUCAAGGACAUCAUCAAGAUAAAGACGAUAGGCUCCACUUACAUGGCCGCGUCCGGGAUAACCGAGUCGUCGGAAUCCGAGGACGCGCCUCGAUGGGGCCACUUGUCGACCCUGGUCGAGUUCGCCCUCGAGUUGAAGAAAGCGUUGUCGAGCAUUAACGAGCAGAGUUUCAACCACUUCGUGCUUAAGAUGGGUAUCAAUCACGGCCCGAUCACAGCCGGGGUGAUCGGGGCCAGGAAGCCACACUACGAUAUAUGGGGGAACACCGUGAACGUUGCGUCCAGGAUGGAGAGCACUGGGAAAGUGGGCUGCAUCCAGGUGACGGACGAGACCCGGAAGAUCCUCGAGCCGUUCGGCUUCGGCUUCGAGCAACGAGGCCUUGUGUUCGUGAAGGGGAAGGGCCAGCUGCUCACCCACUACCUCGUUUCGAAGGACGGCGUGUCCUUGAACCUGGACAGCGACCUGCCCGUCGAACCCGCCCAUCCGAUCAUCUAUCAGUAGGCUACGACACUCGAAGGCUCUAAAAGAAAAAGAAGAGAAAAGGAAAGAACAAGUUGCUCGUUCACGGGGAAGGGGGACCUCUCUCGUCGAGCAAGAUUUUUCUCUCUCUCGAUGUAAGAAUCGGGGAGGCUUGGCUCCGCUCGAGGUUGGAAAACUCGAGGUUCGAAGAGGAACACCUCGCCUCGUCAGAUCUCUCUUUCGACAUUUUUUGAAGAAUGGAGAAUCUUUAGAGGAGAAGAGGAGAAACUGAGAUUCUUUUGAAAGAUUCCUUGAGAAGAAGGAGUUCAUUUUCGAAGAGAUAAUUGAACGAUCGAUCUCGAAGGAAUUAUUUUUAUCGACCAUGUAUCGACCUCCAAAAAAGAAGAAAAAAAGAAGAAAGCCAGCCACCGAAGAAAAAUUCUUACCGCUGUCUCUCGAACCGUGCUAUUGAUUAUCGAAGAACAGGGUACAAAAUCAGAAGAAACAAUUAGGAUUAUUAGAAACGACGCUCGAGAGGAAACUGUUUCACUGUAUAAAAAUGAAACGUUUUAUAAACGUCGUCUUGGAUCCGGUGUCAGUUAACUAGAAGAAAAGAUCCCAUUCUACGUAGAAUCUAUCGAUUGAAAAGAAGAGAAAAAUAAUAGCGUGGUUCGUAGUAGGCUGGCUUCGAAGCUCGAAACAAUAAUCGAACAAAAGGAUAAAAAAAAAAAGAAAGGAAUCGAAGAAUCCAGUCGAAUCUUGCAUAUCUAGGAUAAUUUAAUUAGGUGAAACUGAUUUUGAAAAUGAGAGACGGUGUCUAGUCGAUCGAUCCAAGUAGAUACGUAACUUAAGAAAGUGUGUAGAAAGCUCGUAUAAAUCGUUGUGAUCUCUACGCGAUCGUCCACUCUAUUUUUCUAGAUCCCGCGACGAGGGUUGAAGCGUGGUCAAUUAGGGGUAGGUGUUUUUCCUAAAGUGGCUCGCACACAGUAUCGGAACUAAUUAUAAUCGUUACGCCGACUUGUGCGCUUUCUUACGAUCUCAAUCGUCUCUCUAAUCGUCGUGACACCAUGUUCAAGCGAGAUUAACACGCUUCUGCUAAAAAAUUUUGCGACACGUUCUAUAUAUAUAUAUAUAUUUGUAACCGUGAUUUUUAAUUUCAUUUCUACUGGAAUUAUGUAUUAUCGAAGCGAAUUAAUAUAAUUCCAUUGUUUUUUUUUUUUUUUUGGAUUACAAAUGUAAUGUAACUUGCGUUGCAAAUGAGAUUUUUUAACAGGAGUGUGUGUGCGUGUGUGUAUGUAUGUAGAGUAGAGUAAUAUCUCGAAGAAGAAUAUUUCGAAGGUCUUGUUAAAUUUUUUUCGUCCUUUCUCUCGAGGAAUUUCAGAGUCUAAUCGUUGUAAUGAUUUCUUCGACAUCGAUCGAUAUAUAAUUAAAUUAAUUGAAUUCGCGCCAUUUCUUCUCGCGGAAUGUAAUCGUUACGAUAAUUAAAUUAUUACCGAUCGUAUCGCGUCAUGUGUAAAUCAAUCGAUUGUACAAUAAUUGUACAAGAUCGAUGUGCAGAUACAUACUGUUGUCGAAAAAAGAAGAAGAAGAAGAAAAAAAAGAAAUACGUUCCGAAUAUAUCGAAAAUUGAAAGUAAAGAAAUUGUUAUGUAUUGUAAAAAAAAAAAAAAAAAAAAUCUCGUAGAAGCUCUAAGAAAAAAAAAAAAAAAUUUGUCGAUUACUAGAGCUCUGUUCUCGUAGAAUUUUGAAAAGAAUUUGUAACAAGGAUAUAUAUAUAUAUAAAAAAAAAAUGAAAUGAAAUGAAAUUCAGAAAAGAUAAACAAAAAAAAAAAAGAGUAAAAGAAGAAAAUGGAAUGGAGGAGGAAGAAGAAAAAUGUGUCAAAGGGAAAAUUUCGUACGUUCAGAAAUGUGAACGUGAUGGUGUCACGUUAACUGUCGCAGUUAAUCAUCGAUAUUCUGGAAAUUAUCGAUUGUUACUCUUCGUUUGAUCUCGUCAACGUUUGAUACCAUUUUUUAUUAGAAAAAAAAAAAAACCUUUCCCAAUGAAUAAACCUACAAUUGUAGUAGUAGAAAAUUUCAUUUUUUCUUUCUUGCGACGGUUAACGUAAAGAAAAAAAAAAAAAAGAAAACAAGGCGAAAUGACAAGAAAUAAUAAAUAAAAUCCUAUCUAACUCUGAAUGUUUAAAAAAAGAAAAAAAAAACUGUCGUUUAAAUUAAGCAUCAUCGAAUGUUGAAACGAAAGAAAGAAAGGAAGGAAGAGAGAAAAGGAACAGCAGGUUAGAAAUUUACCGUUUCAUUAACGUGGUCACGUGCAGAACGUUCUCGUCGUGUUUGAACUACUGAAUACUUAUUUACCGAGAUCUCUAUACACGUACAGUUUCGAUCCGAUUAUAUAUUUUUUUCUGCAUGCAGAAAACCGAUUCUAUUUGUACGAGAGCGGGGAAGAAGUUUCUUAAGAGAGCUUAGAUCCGAUUUUUAAUUGUGUGAACGUACAAGGGAUUUCAUCAAGCCCAUUACUCGAAGUCGCGCGUUAACAAACAUUGAUUUUAUUUCUGAGAUCGAAAUAACACGAUAUGAAACGUGUUACUUUUUCCUUUCUUUUUAUUUAAAAUAUUUCUUCGUUUCCGUAUUCUAAGCGUGUUUUUUUUUUUUUACGAGAGAUUUUUCAUAAGAGAUUGAAUUGAAUUUUCAAAGUUGGUCUUAUUUUGCGCUCGAGAUAAUUGGACUUUCAUUCGUGAAACAUCCUGGUACGUCGUCGUCCAUAGGACGAUUACCACGCGAGAGUAGCACUAUAUCCUCGAACAUGAUAUAAUAAUUUAUUUUUCUACAGUUUCAGUCGCCGAGUUAUAAUAAAUAAUAAUAAUAAUAAAUCGUAACCGAAGAUGACUCGAGUACGUGAAAAAAAAAAAAAGGAAAAAAAAAAAGAAAAAAAGAAAAAGAAAAAAAAAGACGCGCACACGCGAGGGCGGGAAACACAAACGAGGAUUGUGUUGGGAUUUAAUCCUUUCGUCGGUUUAAUAAAUUAUUCAACACCCGAUUUGUAUAAUUCGCAACAAGUUUUUAAACUGGAUAGUUGAGAAGAAGAAGAAGAAAAAAUAAAUAAAUAAAAAGAAAAAAAAAGAAAAAAAAAAAAGUAAUUCGUACUGUGAUUUUUAAACGACAUUAUAUUACCGCAACCGAUCUAAAUUUUAAAUCCGAGAUAUUUUCAUUGCUUUUUUAUAUAACAGUCUUUUUCUAACGAUACGUCUUUUCGCGCGUCGUUACGAAAGGAUUAAACAGAGACACGAAUCAACGAAGGAUGAGAGAGAGAGAGAGAGAGAGAAAGAAACGAGAAAGAAACGGCCUAAGCGCGACAACAGUGGUCAGAUUGGACAGACCUAUAUAGCGACAAGGAGAGGGAGAACUAGAAAUAGGGGGAGGGCAGGGCAAUCAAAUCCGAAGGAAAAUCAUUUUUAAAAAUCCGUCAUUUAUAUUUUAGAAUCAACAAAGAUUUUUAGACAACACCCUCGGCUCGUUACACACUUUACUUUCUUCUUGAACUUUCAUUUUUUUCUCAUCUAAGAAGAACUGCUACUAGUGAAAUGAAACACGAUGAGUGAAAAAAAAAUUACACAACAACACGUAUCGUAUAAAUCGAUGUGUACAACUCUUCUCUCGAUGCGCAAGAAGGGAGAAGAAAAGGGAAAAGAAAAAGAAAAAGAAAAAAAAAAAAAAAAAAGAAAAAAAUUUUCUUUCCUUUCGGAGUCGUCGAGUAUAUUUGCUCGGGAAGAAACGAGAAGGAACGAGAAAAAGAAGAGGAAGAAGAGGAAGAAAGAAGGGAGGAAAGUUCGCUCGUUGAAUCUUUCUCCACUGUUCGCGUACUUCCAAUUGAUAUAUCGACGCGGUCCACGACAUGGAUCUCCGCACACAUACAUACGCAUAAUGGACGAAUUAUGGAAGAAGGGAAAAACGCGCAUGCGCAAACGUUUGCCGCGUCUGACGAGACGGAGAUAUUGUAAAGUAGCAAUAAAGGAGAAUCUCUUGUAAAUAUAUAAAGGAGAGGGGAGGAGGAGAAAAUGAAAAGGAUGGAUGAAAAGAGCGAAACGGGGAUUAAUAUAUCGUCCACGGUGGAGGGGAAAGUUCGGCGACCCGGCCGAAAUGCGUGUAUAGUCGUGUAAGAGGAAUUAUAUCACUGUAGAUAUCUUAGCACCUUAGAUGUGAGACUUCGAAGAGGGAACAUUCGUUGUAAACUUUCAAAAAAGUUAUAAACUUCUUCAGAUUAGGGAUACGCCGGGGAGGGGAGGGAAAUGGAAUCACGCGACUGUAAAAAAAUAAAAAUAAACGGCUUCUUCUUAGCCGAUGUGAAUCGGUUC